UUUUCCCCCUAAAUGUUCUUUAUUGAAUACUGCCAUGUAGAAAAGGGAAAGGUUUACCUUGGCGUUCCGAAUAGGAUUUUCAAAGAACAACAAUAAUCGUCGGACUACAUAAGUUAAAUCGAAAUAAAUUUACAGAAUGAAGUCUAAAGUUUCACACAUGGGUCUACAAAAUGCUUACUUUCUCUUGCAAGCAAGGGAAAUUCAACUGAGCAAACGGUAUAAAACGAAUGGUGUUGACGAUUUCAAAGCACAGUUGACCAUCGUUCUCGGUGUCAGUUAGUAAACUACUCCCUCAGCAUGAUUAAGGUUAACAUGAUUUCGGUUAAAUGUUUUGUGCUGCUCGGCUUAGCGCUACUCCAUGGCACUGAUGCAACCAAAGGAAAAGGACGAGGCGGAGGCUACGGCGGAGGUAUGAGUCACGGUGGCGGAGGCUACGGCGGAGGUAUGAGUCACGGUGGCGGAGGCUACGGCGCUGCUCCUCAGCAAAUCAUUUACGUUCCCGCACCACAGCCGGUGAUGGUCUAUUCACCACCUCCUGUCCAUCGCCCACCAGCACCAAGACCAAUUCCUGCUCCCGCUCCCGUUCCUUCUUACGGCGGAGGAGGUGGAAGCUACGGCGGAAGUCACGGGCCAUCAGCUAGAGGCCCUGGUUACGGAGGAUCUUCAGGAGGUGCGCCAGUCCACAUUCAUGUUCAUUCAGCACCUGCUCAAUCGCAUCCGCAACCGAUUCCAUCAUCUCCGUACGGAGGGGGACAUGGAGGUAAUAGCCAAGCUGGGGGUUAUGGAGGAUCGAGCGGGGGUCAUCAUGCUCCUGCUCCGAUGGCGCAAUCUUAUCAUCAGCCAGCUGCCCAAUCCUAUCAACAGCCGAUCCCAAUGUCUUCUUUCGGAGGAUAUGCUCCUCCUAUGGCGCAAUCGCACCAGCCAGCCCCAAUGGCCUCUUAUGGAGCCCCUCCUCAGUCUGCUGGAGGUUAUUAGAAUUCCCAAUUUAUCCUAUAGAAAUCUUCAAUGAAUAUUGACAAAAUGUAUUCUUUUGGAAAA